GGCGGAUCUUCCUUAGUCACCAAGAGGUUUCCAGCCUGGGCUGGAAGCUUGCCUUGCACAGGCAGCUGCUACACCCCAUGUAAAAGGCAGAAAAUAAAAUGAAGAUUUUUCAGUGCAAGAUGCGGUACUGGCUGAUUCCAGCUUUUUUGACAAUUGCAUAUUUCUGCACUAUCGUCCAGGGUCAAGUGGCUCCACCCACACGGUUAAGAUAUAAUGUCUUAUCUCAGGACAGUAUACAGAUUUCAUGGAAGGCUCCAAGAGGGAAAUUUGGCGGAUACAAACUUCUUGUGACUCCAGCUUCAGGAGGAAAAACCAAUCAAUUGAAUCUCCAGAACACUGCAACUAAAGCAAUUAUUCAAGGUCUUAUGCCAGAGCAGAAUUACACAGUUCAACUUAUUGCAUACCAUAAAGACAAAGAAAGCAAGCCAGCUCAAGGCCAAUUCAGAAUUAAAGAUUUGGAAAAGAGAAAGGAUCCAACAAAGCCCAGAGCCAAGGUUGUGGACAAAGGAAAUGGGACUAAACCCUCUGUACCAGAAGAAGUGAAAUUUUUCUGUGAAACUCCAGCGAUUGCUGAUAUUAUAAUCUUGGUUGAUGGUUCUUGGAGUAUUGGAAGAUUCAACUUCAGACUGGUUCGGCUUUUCUUGGAAAACCUGGUUACAGCGUUCAAUGUGGGCUCAGAGAAGACACGAAUUGGCCUUGCACAGUAUAGUGGUGAUCCCAGAAUAGAAUGGCACUUGAAUGCCUUCAACACAAAAGAUGAAGUGAUUGAAGCUGUCCGGAACCUUCCAUACAAGGGAGGGAAUACCCUAACAGGUCUUGCUUUGAGCUACAUUUUUGAAAAUAGCUUUAAACCAGAAGCAGGAUCAAGGACUGGAGUUUCCAAAAUUGGCAUCUUAAUCACAGAUGGAAAAUCUCAAGAUGAUAUUAUUCCACCAUCUAGAAACCUUCGUGAGUCUGGUGUAGAACUGUUUGCUAUAGGGGUGAAAAACGCUGACCUGAACGAGCUGCAGGAAAUCGCCUCGGAACCGGACAGCACGCACGUGUACAACGUUGCCGAAUUCGAUCUGAUGCACACGGUGGUGGAGAGCCUGACGAGGACCGUGUGUUCCAGGGUGGAAGAACAGGACCGGGAAAUUAAAGCCUCAGCCCUCACCACCAUUGGGCCACCUACGGAGUUGAUUACUUCUGAAGUCACAGCCAGAAGCUUUAUGGUUAACUGGACUCAUGCCCCAGGAAAAGUGGAAAAAUACAGAGUUGUGUAUUAUCCCACCAGAGGUGGAAAACCACAAGAGGUGGUGGUGGAUGGAAGCUUAUCUUCCACAGUGUUGAAAAAUUUGAUGUCUUUGACUGAAUAUCAAGUAGCGGUAUUUGCAAUAUAUGCUCACACUGCUAGUGAAGGCCUACGAGGAACUGAAACCACACUUGCUUUACCCAUGGCUUCUGACCUUGAACUAUACGAUGUGACUGAAAACAGUUUGCGUGUCAGAUGGGAUGCAGUUCCUGGGGCCACAGGAUACCUGAUCCUCUAUGCUCCUCUCACAGAGGGCCUGGCUGGUGAUGAAAAAGAGAUGAAAAUUGGAGAGACCCACACAGACAUUGAGUUGAGUGGGUUGGUCCCCAAUACGGAGUACACAGUCACAGUUUACGCCAUGUUUGGGGAAGAAGCCAGUGAUCCUGCUACAGGACAAGAAACAACAUUGCCUUUAUCUCCACCAAGAAACCUGAGAAUCUCCAAUAUUGGCUCUAACAGUGCUCGAUUAUCCUGGGACCCUACAUCAAGAAAGAUCAGUGGUUACCGGAUUUUAUACACCAGUGCAGAUGGGACUGAAAUCAAUGAGGUUGAGGUCGAUCCAAUCACUACGUUCCCUCUGAAAGGUUUGACGCCCCUCACCGAGUAUUCCAUUGCCAUUUUCUCCAUCUAUGAAGAAGGGCAGUCUUUGCCUCUGGUUGGAGUUUUCACCACAGAGGAAGUUCCAGCCCAGCAAUACUUGGAAAUCGACGAGGUGAAGACAGACGGCUUUCGAGUGACCUGGCAUCCCCUCUCUGCCGAGGAAGGGCAACAUAAGUUGAUGUGGAUUCCAGUCUAUGGUGGGAAGACUGAAGAGGUUGAUCUAAAGGAAGAGCAAGACUCAUAUGUUAUUGAGGGUCUGGAACCUGGCACUGAAUAUGAAGUCUCGCUGUUGGCCGUACUUGAUGAUGGAAGUGAGAGUGAGGUGGUGACCGCUGUAGGGACCACACUUGAUAGUUUUUGGACAGAACCAGCCACAACCAUAGUACCUACCAGCCCUAUAACUUCAGCUUUCCAGACAGGAAUCAGAAACCUGGUUGUAGAUGAUGAAACCACUUCUAGUCUGCGGGUAACAUGGGACAUUUCUGACAGCAAUGUGGAGCAGUUUAGGGUGACCUACCUGACAGCACAAGGGGACCCUGCGGAAGAAGUGGUUAUGGUGCCUGGGAACCAGAACAAUCUCCUUCUGAAGCCUCUCCUUCCAGAUACUGAGUACAAAGUCACAGUGACUCCUAUCUACACUGAUGGCGAAGGUGUCAGCGUCUCUGCCCCUGGAAGAACCUUGCCCUCUUCUGGUCCCCAGAACUUAAGGGUCUCAGAGGAAUGGUAUAACCGGUUGCGCAUCACGUGGGAUCCUCCAUCUGCCCCUGUAAAAGGCUAUAGGAUCCUCUACAAACCUGUCAGUGUUCCUGGCCCAACCCUGGAGACUUUUGUGGGUGCUGACAUUAACACCAUUCUUAUCACCAACCUCCUCAGUGGAAUGGACUACAACGUGAAGAUAUUCGCCUCCCAGGCCGCAGGCUUCAGCGACGCGCUGACAGGCCUGGUGAAAACACUGUUCUUGGGUGUGACCAAUCUCCAAGUCAGCCAGAUUGAAAUGACCAGCUUGUGUGCUCGAUGGGAGGUGCAUCGUCACGCCACGGCCUACAGGAUAGUUCUAGAACCCCUCCAGGAUACACAAAAGCAAGAAUCUACCGUAGGAGGGGGCACAAACAGGCAUUGCUUCUAUGGACUCCAGCCUGAUUCAGAAUAUAAAAUCAGUGUUUACACCAAGCUCCAGGAGAUGGAGGGACCAAGUGUGAGCAUAGUGGAAAAAACACUGUCACUUCCCACUCCACCACCAACCUUUCCUCCAACCAUUCCACCUGCAAAAGAAGUCUGUAAAUCUGCAAAGGCGGACCUGGUAUUGAUGGUGGAUGGGUCUUGGAGCAUUGGAGACGACAAUUUCAAUAAGAUCAUCAACUUUUUGUAUAGCACUGUUGCAGCCCUGGACAAGAUUGGUGCAGAUGGAACUCAGGUGGCCAUGGUUCAAUUCACUGAUGACCCAAGAACAGAAUUUAAACUAAAUGCUUAUAAAACCAAAGAGACUCUUCUAGAUGCAAUUAAACAUAUUUCAUACAAAGGAGGAAAUACAAAGACAGGAAAAGCAAUUAAGUAUGUUCGAGAUACCCUAUUUACUGUUGAGUCAGGUACAAGAAGAGGCAUCCCGAAAGUUAUUGUGGUUAUAACGGAUGGAAGGUCACAAGACGAUGUAAACAAAAUCUCCAGGGACAUGCAAGCAGAUGGCUAUAACAUUUUUGCAAUUGGUGUGGCUGAUGCAGAUUACUCGGAGUUGGUUAGCAUUGGCAGUAAGCCUAGUUCACGCCAUGUCUUCUUUGUGGAUGACUUUGACGCCUUUAAGAAAAUUGAAGAUGAAUUAAUUACUUUUGUCUGUGAGACUGCAUCAGCAACCUGCCCAAUGGUGCACAAGGAUGGUGUUGAUCUUGCAGGAUUUAAGAUGAUGGAAAUGUUUGGUUUGGUUGAAAAGGACUUCUCAUCUGUGGAAGGGGUUUCUAUGGAGCCUGGUACCUUCAAUGUGUAUCCAUGUUACCAACUUCACAGAGAUGCCCUGGUAUCCCAGCCAACCAAGUAUUUGCAUCCAGAAGGAUUGCCUUCUGAUUACACAAUCAGUUUUCUGUUCCGGAUUCUUCCUGACACUCCAGAGGAACCAUUUGCUCUUUGGGAGAUUUUAAAUAAAAACUCUGAUCCACUAGUUGGAAUUAUUUUAGACAAUGGUGGGAAAACUCUAACUUAUUUCAACUAUGACCAGAGUGGGGAUUUUCAAACCGUUACUUUUGAAGGACCUGAAAUUAGGAAAAUUUUCUAUGGAAGUUUUCACAAGCUACAUGUUGUUGUCAGCAAGACUUUGGCCAAAGUGGUUGUCGACUGCAAGCAAGUGGGCGAGAAGGCAAUAAAUGCAUCUGCUAAUAUCACAUCGGAUGGAGUAGAAGUCCUAGGGAGAAUGGUUAGAUCAAGAGGACCAGGUGGAAAUUCUGCACCAUUCCAGUUACAGAUGUUUGACAUCAUUUGCUCCACAUCAUCAUGGGCCAGUAGGGACAAAUGCUGUGAACUUCCAGGCCUGAGGGAUGAUGAGUCCUGCCCAGACCUCCCACAUUCCUGCUCCUGUUCUGAAACCAACGAAGUGGCUCUGGGACCGGCUGGGCCACCAGGUGGUCCAGGACUCCGAGGACCAAAGGGCCAACAAGGUGAACAGGGCCCAAAGGGACCAGAUGGCCCUCGGGGUGAAACAGGCCCUCCAGGACCUCAGGGUCCCCCUGGGCCCCAGGGACCAAGUGGUCUGUCCAUUCAAGGAAUGCCCGGGAUGCCAGGUGAUAAAGGAGAGAAAGGAGACACUGGCCUUCCGGGUCCACAGGGUAUGCCAGGAAGUGUGGGUUCACCUGGACGUGAUGGCUCACCAGGCCAGAGGGGAUUUCCUGGAAAGGAUGGUUCCUCUGGCCCUCCAGGACCACCAGGGCCCAUUGGCAUUCCUGGAGCCCCUGGAGUCCCAGGGAUCACAGGCAGCAUGGGACCACAAGGCGCCCUGGGGCCACCGGGUCUUCCUGGAGCAAAAGGCGAACGCGGAGAACGGGGUGACCUGCAGUCUCAAGCCAUGGUGAGGGCAGUGGCACGUCAAGUAUGCGAACAGCUCAUCCAGAGUCACAUGGCCAGGUACACAGCCAUCCUCAACCAGAUCCCCAGCCACUCCUCAUCCAUCCGGACUGUCCAAGGGCCUCCUGGGGAACCUGGAAGACCAGGUUCACCUGGAACCCCUGGUGAGCAAGGACCCCCAGGUGCACCCGGCUUCCCAGGAAAUGCAGGUGUGCCAGGGGCCCCAGGAGAACGAGGUUUAACUGGUAUCAAGGGAGAGAAAGGAAAUCCAGGCAUUGGUACUCAAGGACCAAGAGGACCCCCUGGACCAGCAGGACCUUCAGGGGAGAGUCGCCCUGGCAGCCCUGGACCCCCUGGCUCUCCUGGACCAAGGGGUCCACCAGGUCACCUGGGGGUACCUGGACCGCAAGGUCCUUCUGGCCAGCCUGGAUAUUGCGACCCCUCGUCAUGUUCUGCCUAUGGUGGGGGAGCUCCCCAUCCGGAUCAGCCCGAAUUCACUCCUGUCCAAGAUGAGAAUGAGGCCAUGGAACUGUGGGGCUCCGGGAUCUGAUGGCCUCAGGAGACAUUUGAAGACCAACAGCAAGACCUCUUAAAGACCUUUAUUCAUGAAAAUGUUAAGUGGUUUGUAUGUUAUUUUGGGGGAGGGCCUCAUAUCUGCAUCCCAAAUUUCCUUUUUGGAUAACAUUCAUAUUAGAGUUAUUAUUAACAAAAAUUAUGGUUUUUUUUAAAUUCACUUAAUCUAUGACAACAUUAGAAAUGAUUUCCCCUAGCUGUUUUAAGGAUAUGCCAGAUAAUUUGGCAUUUUUUUUUUUUUUGAGAAAAGUCCUCAAAGAAGAAUUGAGAGAAAGUAGAUUGAAUUCUGGAAUCUUUUCUCUAUGAGAUGAUCUCAAGUUCUAAAAUGCACAAGAGAAAUAUGAUUGGGUUGGAGGGAAAUGGGGCCCCCACAGAAACAGAAUGAAUUCAAAGAGAUUCACAGAUUAUACCAUUUGCUCUGCCCCAUGGGAAUGACUUGCUAAUAAGAAGAAGGAUCAUUGUUGGUGAAGCUACCUCUUACAUAAUUGAUCUGUCCAACUCUAAGAUUACUCAGUGACUGGUUUCACAGGUAUCCAAAAAUAAGUGCUAGAAUAUAACUUUAAUGAAUUCGAUAAUUUUAAACAUAGAUUGAGUUUUUCAAUGGUUUUAGACUCAUGUAAAAUAAUGGUUUUUCACCAGCUCCAAUGGAAAGUGAUCUAUCUUUGAUGAAGGAUUUGUUGGGCAGUAUGUUCUAGGGCCUUCCUCUCCUACAGGGAUUACUUUAUGCAGAUAAGUUUUUGCAAAUCUGUUUUUAUUCUUUUUGUAAGCAAAUAAAAAUUUAAAACAA